AUGCCUUGCCCGUGGUCCUCUCGUCGCUGCUCCCGCCGGGCAGCUGACGACACCACCAUCCCCAAUGCUCUUCCCUCUCCAACCUCUACGCCCGAUGUGGAGGACUGGAAGAAGAUCCGCAGAUUCAAUCUUCGCAUGAUGAGAAAGCAGAUUCGCUGCGUCAUUCUGCUCAUGGCCCUCGCGGAAGCCCUCCGGGUUGGGCCGUUGCAGAUUGUGUAUGCUGGAAAGCAUGAAUAUCCGGCUCCCGGGGAGGACGACUACGGUAUUGCCUACACGGUUGGAUAUAUUGUCAGCUGGUUGUACGUCUGCGUAUUCAUGAUCAUUUGGAUGCCGCUUUUCGAUUGGUGGGUUCCAAAAACCCUUCCUGCCUCUGACGACCCGUCCAAAUCCCCGAAAGCGACGAAAAUUAUCUGCCUGCUUAAGAAGCUCAAUAUGAUCCUUCUUCCCAUCUCCAUCGGCUUCUCAUGCUUCACGUAUGUCUGGUACUUGAUCCACACCUUCAUCUACGUCGACUCUCGCACCUGCGGCUCCACCAAAUUCCCGAAAAACACACGCAAAAACUGGGUCGUUCGUGCUUUCUUCCUUCUCGGUAUCGCCAUUACCACGAGCUUGGGAUAUGGAGCAUUCCAGACACUGGAGAAAUUGGACCUUGCACGGGUGAAGAAUAUUGAGUAUGCUUUGAUCGUGGUGCCCGUGCAAAUCAACCUUGGCAUCCUUUUGGGGACGGUCAUGCAGUUCCGCAUGGAAAAGAGACUUGCCCGUAGACAGGCGUUGAAGUUGCAGGCGGCGAAAGUCGAGGACGGCGUUGUCGAGGAAAAGGCAGCCCUGCUCGAGGUCUAA